AUGGCUGCCGAUGGAAUGCUACCACUACAAACUGAUCCCCCCGAAGAUCACGGUGGUCGGCGGAAGAACGACCCCCAGGACAUGCUGGAGGUGAAGUACAACAAUGACCGGCCCCGCGAAGACAGCGAUCCAGCACAAGACGACCCAGCUCGGCGGGAGCACGACCACGAGGCCACCACUGGAACACUGCUCCUGCGGGCUGAUCGUCGACGAGAUGCCAGUGAGCAACGAGUGAGCAGCGACCAAAGCAGUCUGAUAGAGAGGUUCGGCACCCAGGAAGUGGAUAGCUCAGCGCAAGAAGACCCAAGCCGGAGGGAACACGACCUUGAGGUACCACAGCGAUACACGACCCAUCCGAAGAACGUCGAGGCCCUCCAUGCGGGUACCCGAGGCCAAGGUGAUCCAGGACAUCGUGACCAAGCUCGGCGGGGGCCCGACCUCCAGGAAACCCCGCAUUACACGACCAUGCCGAAGAACAAGGAGAGUGGACUAACUGGAGGCCCACCCGACCUGAAGGAAGGGGACAUCACGAACUACAUACAGACCUGGCACCUGGCAGCAUUUGGUAUGGGGCCCUUCGCUUGGGCCACAGAUGACGAGGACCCGUUCCAAGAAGGGUGGGAGCCAAUGUGGUAUGUCACGAUCCUCGAUGACGGCCAUGAACUGCAAAGAUCGGGUAUCGACACGGUGGUCAUAGCCAAUGCCAUCGACAGGGAAAUCGAGAACCGGCAGGACGAGAGAUAUGCGAGAACUGCCCGCAUGUGGGCAGCGAGCCUCCGUAAGCGAUGGCUACGACACCCCCACCAUGGCAGGCCACAUCGCUGGGGCCCACACCCGCCGGAGUACACCGAAGAGUUUGCUAAGCAGGUGGAAGACAUGAUGCGAACCCGAUGGCUCCGUGAACUAUGCCCGGAGGCGGUUAUGAACCGAGCCUGCGAAGCCUCACGCGUGCAUGCUGGCUUCCCGGACCCAUCAUGCAGUACCGAGGCACUCGAACGUGAGUGGCAUGAGGCCCGCAACCGCAGACUGUCCCGAUCACGAACCCCGCAGAGACGGCAUGCUCGAGCUGCAGGACCACGCCCGCCGGCGGAGCAAGAGUGGGGCCCGAACAGGAGAAGGAUGACAGAAGAGGAUCUCAGCUGCUGGGACUCCGAAGUCCGCAUGCACCUGCACCAGCGAGGGACAACAAGCUCCACCAUGGAGGAGCAUCUGGACAUGGACAAUGACCCAGUCCCAAACGGCCGACCGAGGAGGCUCCUAGGGCGGAGGGAAAGACCGGACCCAGCAGAAGCUGAAGACUAUGAUCAGACGGCCCUGGUCGUACGAAAAUGGUACCUCAAAAAGAAAAAGAAGAGCGGCUACAUGAGGAGGUUAGUUGACAACCCAGCUGCCUGGAGAACUGGACCGGGGGUGACAGUCACAUCUUCAACGAGACACCUCCUCCAUGACCGGCACCACAGUCGAUCAGCAGCGACACCGCCCUCGGGAGGAGACCACAGUGGCCGGGCAACAGCCGCAUCCUCGAGCAACCGAGGUGAAAGGUGCGAACCGGGAACUCCCUUCCCGAGUGCGGCGGAGACAGAGCCCCAAGACAUGGAGGACGCCCACUUCAUCUGGAGGGCCGUGCUACAACUGGAAUCGGACGAGGAGUGCGAGGAAGCGGAGCCACAGAGAAUGCCAGGGUUUAUCAAUGACCCUGUCUGGUCCAAUGUCUGGGAGACCCUGGCAAACCAGUCAGAGCCCGCAUUCCGCUUGAUGAGGCGAGCGCUCCCCGGGUUCCUCGAGCUGGUCGGACAAGACCUACAAAGCAUAGUGGACCAGGUCGCGUACCAAAGAGGCAUCCCUGAUGAACCCGAAGGAGAAGAAAACGACCAAGCCUCGGCGAGCUCAGCCAGGCCGGGAGGAGAAGCCGACGCAACUGAUGAAGUUGAAGUGCCAGUGGAGGAAGAGGCCCCAGACACAUCCUCCUUGAUGCAACGCGAGUGCAGAAAGGCCGAGGAAAGGGACCAUGGACAAAACCGAGCCCUAGGCGGUGAUCAGGAACGCCCUGGAGGAGAUGUGCGGGAGCUGAACCCCGACGAGCCCCCCGAGACAGCGACCGUGCCGAAGAACACCAAACAAGAAGGGCACCACCACGAAGCCCGGGUACAAGAGUGCAACCGGAGACUGUGUGAACUGAGAGAUGACCUGGAAGACCAAUGGUAUCAGGGAAUGUCCGUCAACGAGGCUAUCAACCACCUGCAGGCGACAUGUAGGUCCGGGCUCCAGGCUGGCGACCUACGAGAGUGCAACCACAUCCUGCAGCAGUUCCUCCUAGUCAUCCCCCAGGAGCACCAGAUGCCAGCACCAGUGGACACCCUGGCACCUACUCUGCCCCUCAGCAGUAGCCAGCAACUGUGGGCAGAUACGACGGCUGAAAUGGUGCAGACGCUGGUGUUGCUCAAGAAGGAGGAGGACGAGACCGAAGAGAUGGCCUUCAUGCAACGAACCAUCACGGGCACCUUCUCGACGGGAACUCCUCACCUAGCGAAGGCACUGAACCAGGACCUCAACGCUGCAUCCGAAGCCGAAGCUGCAAAUCUAGCGGGGGCCCUCCUGAAGGCUAUCCAACAGCAAGCUGCCGACGUGCCAGAGUGGGACAGCGUCCACGCGGUCCUGGUCGCGUACGCUGGCAAGCCCCCGAAGGCGCCACCAUGCAGUGCGGCAGUGUAUGGACGCGCCGAAUGGUUAAGAAGGUGGAUGGCCAGGUUGCUGCGACGAGGUGGUGAUGCUCCCCAGCCAGAGCAAGCUUCUUCCUCCAACCAGCUGCCUAUCACGAUGGUGGAAGAAUCCCCUGAAGAACAACAUGAACGGCUGGAGAGGCAGCAGAACGAGGAGGACGUGCAGCUGUUCAAGUGGCACCAGGAGGAGCAGGCCCGAGAAGAACAGAAAAGGGCACGUGAGGCCCAACUUCAGGACCGGGCUGCGUUACAAGCCAACCUUGGCUGGAGUAGCGCACCGCCGGGCAAGAAAAUCAGAGUGACUGUGGAAAUGCGGUCAACCACUUCGAGCAGAUACUCAGAGUGGGAAGUGGGUGAAGGGGAUGAAAUCAAGCUCAAGCUGGGGAUCAGUAUGGUAGAGCAUGGCGGCAACUACAUCAACGAGGGAAGGAAGGUGGACCGAGAGAUUGGAACGCGGGAACUGCUCCGCCGAGAACAAAAGAUAGUCGACCAAAUGCAGAAGGCAGAUGACAUGCCGGAGGCCCCUCAGGUCCAACCGGAAAGGGGUCGAGCAUGGAGUACAAACGAUCCCGACCUACAGCCCCACUACCAAGCAUGGCGCGAGGGCAGGCUUGACUUCAAGAACCUGGUGGCAAAUGUGGGCGAGGAGGCGGCCAUGUUCCUCGUUGAGGCCGCCGAAGUGGCCCAACUGGAGCUCGACACAGUGCCGGAUGUGAACGUGAGUGCCCGAGAAGAAUGGCUACAAGGCGGGGAUGUUGAAGCCAUCCUUGCCCGCCCGGCCUGUAUCGCCGACUACCACCGCUGGGCAGAGGGUGACCUCUUGGAAGGCGACCUGGUGGACAAGUGGGGUGGACCGGUCAAACGAGCAUUCCAUGCAUGGUUUCUAAAUGGUGGCCCCCCGCAGAACCAGGAGGCAGGUGACCGAGCCACGCAACUCCACGAGUCGAACCUGGAGGCAAACGAGGGCGAAAGCCGUACUGAUGCACCCCCUCACGAAGCUAUGGCUGGCAGUGGUGAGGCACCUGACACUAUGGACGACAUGGAGACGAUCCCUUGGGUCCGGCCGGCAUGGGCAACAUACUUCCCGGACAGUGACCACCCGCCGCACCAUAGUGAAGAAGACGACAGUCCCGCUCGCAGACGCAGAGAUGGCAUCCCAAGGCGGAGUUCAUCAAGCUCGGGCAGCUGA